CGUCUGUCGUCAGACCGCCCGUUCACCCGACGUUAGUCGUCAGACAGCCCGCCCGCCUCAAGUCCUCCGUCCGUUGUCCCGCCGCCGCCCUGAGGUGUUCACCCGCCCGCAGACAGGCCCUCAGGGCCAGUGAUGAGGUCCGAGCUGCCCGAGCUACCCUCGCCCGCCUCAAACAGCGCACACGACACAUCGCACCCAUCGUGCAGGGCAUGGGGAUAUACAGGAAGCCGGCGGCCAAGGCGCUGCGGAGAGUGGCAGCCGCCCGCCGUCCCCCCAUUGUUCCAGCGGCGGAGGAGGCGGAGGAGGAUGCGGCGCCGUCGUCCAUGGCAACGCCACACCCACAGCAGGAACCGGCACCACAGGAAGCAAAGUACACCAAUAAGCGUUUGCCAUCGACGACGAUGGGGAAUUUCAUGAAAAUGCCAGAAGCACGAACUGAUGAAGAACUGCAGUUUAUUCAUGAAACAAGGUACACCAAUAAGCGUUUGCCAUCGAUGGAGUUGGGGAAUUUCGUUACACUGCCAGAAGCACGAACUGUUGAAGAUCUGCAGUUUAUUCAUGAAGGAAGGUACACCGAUAAGCGUUUGCCAUCGAUGGAGUUGGGGAAUUUCGUUACACUGCCAGAAGCACGAACUGAUGAAGAUCUGCAGUUUAUUCAUGAAGGAAGGUACACCGAUAAGCGUUUGCCAUCGAUGGAGUUGGGGAAUUUCGUUACACUGCCAGAAGCACGAACUGAUGAAGAUCUGCAGUUUAUUUAUGAAGGAAGGUACACCGAUAAGCGUUUGCCAUCGAUGGAGUUGGGGAAUUUCGUUACACUGCCAGAAGCACGAACUGAUGAAGAUCUGCAGUUUAUUUAUGACGUAAAGUACACAGAUAUGCGUUUGCCAUUGAAGAUGGGGAAUUUCUUUCACAAAAUUCCAGAAGCACAAAAUGAAGUCGCUAGGCAGUUGAUUCGUAAUCAGAUUUCAAAGAACUGUGUGGUUUUAUUUUCCAAGACCUACUGUCCUUACUGUAAGAAGAUGAAGGCCUUUUUCCAAGAACAAGGAAUUAAAUACAAGGCAAUUGAGUUGGAUUUACGCGAUGAUAUGGAAAUAAUCCAAAACGCCCUCCUGGAGUUGACUGGAGCUAGGACAGUCCCACGAGUGUUUGUGAACGGGAAGAGCAUCGGCGGUGCCACAGACACGUUUACACUCCAUUCCGAAGGUAAACUGCUGCCUUUAGUGAAGAGAUGCGCUCCACCUUGUAACUUAAAUAAAGAUCGUCACCAUCAUAAACGCUGAAUACCAGCCUACUUAUAUCUGUGUGUUACUUUGGAAAUAAAUUGUGAGGUUUCA